AUGGCUGAACCUCCCCAGACUGAUGUCUCUCGUCCCUCGGCAUUGCCUACAGCCAAGUUGCUUCAGCGUCCCACUUUCAAUCAAGCUCUUGUCGAUCAGAACUCGGAUGAAUACCUUGAUACCAUCGAGGAAGAAUGGAACAAGAAGCUAGAUGCCGAGGUAGAAGUAUUGGUCGAUGGUAUGGUCGAUAUCGUUAGUCUGGCAUCGAUCGGAGACAAGGACAAGUUUCGAAUCGCACAAGAGUCAUUUCAGGCCGAAUCUCGUGCCGAGUCUAUGGUCCGUGCAGCUAAUUCGCUGUUGUCCAUAACGCAUUCGUUGAAGUUACUGCUUCUCUUGUCCGACGAGGCUCAAAUUGCCCACCGUCGGGAUGCAGAACUCAAGCACGUACAACAGGAAAAGAAUGAAGCUCGCCAGAAAGUCGCCGAGCUUCUCGAUAGGUUGAUGAAUCCAAAAGGCGACCCGUCGUAA